AUGGCGCCGGUGGACAUUGAGACUCAAUCAGGGUACCUACCUCUAGUGGUAGCAGGCCUACGCAUUGUCUCUGCUGCGUAUGCGUCCUUGACGGUUGGGCGGAGCCUUUACCGGUCCCAUAAAGCCCUCGGACCGGCGCAGGACACGCGACACCGCACCGCGGAACGGAGCAAGCUUACGGUCGCCUUUGGCAGCUUAGCGGCGCUCGGACUGGUGUUUGCCGUGACUUCCAGCCUGGAUCAUCUAAGCCUCUCUUACAAGGUGUGGGCGUCUGAGAGAGGAGUUGAGCCGCUCACGACAGAGAGUCUGUUUGGAAACAGCACCUUGAGCACGAAAGAUGCCAUGUGCGAGGCCGGUGCGCACCUUUCUCGUUGGCUAAGCGACACUCCAGUCUACAUGGACGCCAUGGAAAUCGUUGCCGAACAGACUCGAAGGCUAUGGUGGGGCCAGCAGCUAGACCUCGCAACGGUAUCAUGGACAGCGCUGCUGGCCAUUGAAGGGCGACGCCGCAGAAUCCCGCACCUCUGGGCAUACGCUGUGCUGCCUCAUCUUGUCAGCCUCUCUUUCGCUCAGAACCUGUUUCAUGUGGCAAUGCUCCAAGCUCCUGUGCCCAUGCCAACUCGGGAAACAAGGCUCGCGCGGCUCGUGCAUCGUCUACUGCCAAAGAAGCCGAAGAACUGGUUGCCUAAGCUUUCUCUGAUCGCGGUCCCCUUGACUUUCUACUACGCGGCACUGCUCUGGCUCCCAAUCGCGGCCGGAAAGCCAACGUUUCCCGCGACGGUGGUCCUGGCCAAGCUUUUCUCUCUCGCCGCGCUGAUACUACCUGCUGUUGCCCCGGCUUCCUGGGGCCACGUCUAUUCUGAUCCGCGCGACGCGUAUCCCGGCAUCAGCAAGCUGUUCAACAUCAUAUCAGCGGCAAGCGGUCUGAUGUACGCAAAGACCACCGUCUCUGCCGUGCUCUACAACCUGCCCGGCUCGCGCAAACACCGACACAGCAUCAAGAUCCCGUUCGACACGGUGAAGAGGUCCAAGUGGGAACGGACUGCAACGGCGGCGGAGAAGAUCCUGGACUCUCUGACCGACCACCCUGUGGUUGCCGGUGCCGGAAAGGACGCGCUCCUCUGCGCUCUGAGUUUGGGUCUGUGGGCUGCUGUCCGUGGGACAGACGUGGCAACCAUGCUCCGCCAGGUGUUUCCGACUCCUACGCUCCUGCGGCGCGCUGCGACCAAAGCAGCGUCCCAUGUUCCGAAGGCCGAGCCUGCUGCCCUUGAGGCGUCGCCGUCGCACCAUGCCCCUGGAUUCUCCAUGAGGCUGCGGCAUCGCGGCCGGCCGAAGAAGACGAGCGUGUCCAGUAUUUCCAGUUUUGAGGCGGCCAACGAAGACACGCAUCAGACGCCGAAACGCAGGGGUCGGCCGAGGAAGGUCAAACUCAAGCCGGAGCCGGAGCCAGAUCUGGAACUGGACGAGGCUCCCGGUGAUGAGACAUAUGAACCGACCCCGGCUGCGAAGGCGGACCUUGUCUUGGCCGACGUCCUACCGGACGAUGAUUUCGAUUGGGAGUCAGCAUCGCUGGCUUGGGGCCUGGCAGUCCUGGGCGGCCUCGGGGUCGGCAGUGCGGCUGUCUACGGAGCGGAGUCUGUUUCACGGUGA